AUAAUAUCUUUCAUAUGUAACCAAAGCUUGUGAGAGGCCAUUUGUAUCUGUCAAUCACUAACUUCAAAGCACUUUUUCAUUUUAAGCUUGUCUUGAUUUUCAUUGAAUGCAAAAGUAGCCAUGCCACUACAAGCUCCAUGUGAUCUACAAAUCCAUGUAAAUGGUCAACAAACAUUCUUUCUGCACCAGAAAGUCCUUUCAAGAUUUUCUGGGAAGUUAAGGAAGAUAAUCAAACAAGAAAAGAAGAAAACUCAGAUUAAGAAUUCAGGUAUUGAGAUUCUUGAUUUCCCAGGUGGGGCACAAGGGUUUGAACUUAUUUCAAGAUUCUGUUACAACAAUGGUAGCAGCAAUAGCAUUAAAAUCACUGUCUCAAAUGUUUGCCUUCUCAUUUGCUCUGCAGAUUUUCUUGAAAUGACAGAAAAGUUGUCUUGUUGCAAUCUUUUGUAUAAAGCUGAGACUUUUUUUGAAGGAUUGUGUUAUUGGUCCUUUCAUGAUAUUCUGAAAUCCCUAAAAAGCUGUGAAACUUUUUUUGAUUAUGCAAUUUCUUGUGGGCUGAUUGAAAAGCUUAUAACUUCACUUCUUGGUACCCUUUUUGGUUCUUCAUGUUCAUCAUCUUCCUCUUGUUCAUCUUCUGAACAAGUAAAGCCAUGUUCUUGGUGGUUUGAGGAAAUGACCAUUUUACCCCCAAAGAUGAUAGAAGAGUUUUUAAGGACUUUAGGUGCUUUUGGUAGUGAGAAUAACAGCUUACUCCUCACAAGAUUCUUGCUUUAUUACCUAAAAACAUCAUCCCAUUGUCAAAAUAUGAUUUCAAGAAGUGAGUAUAGUGGACUUGCUGACACAGUAGUUCAUGGGGUAGUCAAAACAACAUUUUCUUGCAGAAAUCUUUUUUGGGUACUGAGAAUUGUAUCUGGUUUCGGGAUUAGCAAAGAAUGCAGGGGUUGUUUGGAGAAACUGAUUGGGGGGGUGCUUGAUCAAGCAACACUAGAUGAUAUCCUUGUUUGUGGUCACAACAAUAAUAUUGGUGGUGUUUAUGAUGUGAAUCUUGUGAUGAGAUUGGUUAGAGUUUUUGUUUAUCAUGAUAAAGUUACAAUAACAAAAUUCAGAAAAGUUGCAAGAUUAAUUGAUAAGUAUUUGAGAGAGAUUGCUCCUGACCAAACUCUUAAAAUAUCAAAGUUUCUUGCUGUUGCUGAGAGUCUACCAGAUUAUGCAAGGGAUUCUUUUGAUGGAGUCUACAGAGCCAUUGAUAUCUAUCUUGAGUCUCAUCCAGUCCUUUCAUUAGAGGAAAGAUCAAGAUUAUGUAGAUGUCUCAACUAUGAGAAACUAAGCCUUGAAGCAUGCAAGGACUUAGCAAAGAAUCCAAGAAUUUCACCAAGAAUUGCUAUCAAGGCACUUGCUUCUCAAUGCUCUUCAAGUAUUCCAACAAUAGAAGACAAUAAUAACCAAAUGGUUUUGUACAAGACAAACAAGAGUGAUCAUCACAGUUCAAGUGUUGCUAGUGAUCAACAGAGUUUACAAGAAGAGGAACAUGAAUAUAUGAGGCUAAAUUUGCAAAAGAUGCAAUGGAGAGUUGUGGAGUUGGAGAAAGUAUGUAGAGAUAUGAAAGGUCAGAUGACUAAAAUGGUGAAGACAGGGACUCAGACUAGAGCUCUGCCUAGGCUUUGUAGAAGUCAAAAUUUCUAAACACAGGAAAAAGAAAAAAGAGGACAUAUGUUGAUAGAACACAUUUGUCGGUGGAGUGGUAAGUAUUUUUCUAUCCUUAAUCAAAGGUCUCAGAUUCAAGCCUAGAGUAUGGAGUCGUCUUUGUUAAAAAGAGAUUUACUUCAUAAAAACUUCAUGGUACGAAUCAAGAUUUAAUCGGGGACCAUGUAAGCAAUGAAUACCAGAUGAAAAACCAAAAUAUAUAUGAUCAUUCACAUAUAAUAUUCCUUUUUCAUUUUCUA